AUGUCGGGAUUCAUGUGUGCGCUUGUAUCAUCGUCCACGUGGGUCAUGUUCGCCACGUACCUAGGAAUGCCCGUGUCCACCACUCAUUCCAUCAUCGGUGCGCUGAUCGGAAUCGGCAUUAGCGCGUACGGCACGGGUGCCGUGAACUGGGGCUGGGACGGAAAGGGCGUCGCGCAGAUCGCGACGUCGUGGGUGCUCGCGCCGACGUUGGCCGGCAUUCUCGCCGCAAUCAUUUACAUGGUCACGCUUUACGCCGUCAUGAAGCGCAAGAACUCCCUCCGCGCCGGAAUCUACGCAAUUCCAGUCUACUUCACCAUCACCACCUUCAUCGUGUCGUUUUACGUCGCGACCAAGAACGGCAAGUCGACUCUUGACUUCAAACCUUCUACCACAGGGGGCGCCGUCAAAGUCAGCGGCAACGUCGGCCUCGCGUUCGGCAUUAUUGGUGCGGUGACCGGCGUGAUGCUCAUUUUCUGCGUCGGAUUCCUCGUGCCCUUCUUCAUCCGACGGCUGGAGAAGGAGGAGAACCUCAAGUGGUAUCACAUCUUCUACAUCUGGUGCGUGCCGGAGCAGCCGCAGGACCCCAAGAUCGAUAUGUACCUGAAGCGCGCGUUCACUCCCCAGUUGCUGAGCGACGACGAGAAGAAGCAACUGGGGAUGCCAGUCGAGGACCCGGAGGAGGACAAGGAGAAGGAACUCGAGAAGCCCGUCGCGAAGAACCCUCUUGUUCGCUUCUUCAACCAUGUCAAGCUGCUGCUGUGGCGGGCGAUUUUCAUGGACGUCGCGGGUCUGCAGCACGAGAACAAGGGCGCGGUGCGCGCGCACGAGGUGGCGGUGAUAUACGACAACAAGACGGAGUACCUCUACUCGCUGCUCCAGGUCAUCACCGCCGGGUUCGCGAGCUUCGCGCACGGGUCCAACGACAUCGGGAACGCGCUGGGGCCGCUGGCGGGAGUGUAUCAGAUUUGGGACUCGGGGACGUUCGCGACGGAGGCGAGCGUGCCCACGUGGAUGCUCGCCAUCGCCCGUGUUAGCUCUCCACUCACCGCUAUCGUCUCCGCUUCUAUCUCCCUGUCCCUCGCCGCAGAUGGUUACCACAUCAUGAAAUCUCUGGGGAACAACAUCACGUACCACUCGCCGUCGCGAGGUUUCUCCAUGGAGCUUGGGGCCGCGCUCUCCGUCAUCACCGCGUCCUUCCUCGCUUUACCGGUCUCAACCACGCAGUGCAUCGUCGGCGCGACGGUCGCCGUGGGGCUGUGCAACGGCAACUGGCGCGCCAUCAACUGGGCCAUGGUGGCCGUGUCGGGCUUCGGAUGGAUUCUCACGCUCCCCCUCGCGGGCACGGCCUCGGGUCUGCUCUAUGCGAUCCUCACGCGCGGGCCCAGCUUCACAAUGCCCCCCGGAAUGUAG